UCUCUCUUCAAUUAGACAAAAGAACAUAAUCUAAAAAUGGAUUUUAAAACUCAUGCCACAUGUCAAAUUUCUUACUGAAAUAUAUUAUUUCAUCCAAACCCAACCUUAAGCAUGGACAAAAUAGUAAUUAAGCUAGAAGCUAAGUGCUAUUCUUUCUUCCUAUCCUACACUUAUUUCCAUUGUUUCUUGAUGAUCAUUAUAUCCCCUAUUCAAAAUUAACGAUGUUUCAUACAUUAUGUUUGGCCAACAAUAUUUCAUUUCUUUUUUAUAUAUAUUUAUGAAAAAGACUAUGUUUGUAGGAAGCAUGAGGCAUGAUGACAGUCAAAUAUGAAGUGAAAGCUAGCACCGUUGGUGAAGAGGAGUGUUGUUCUUGCAGAGAUCAGAAGCUGCUGGUUAAUGUCUAGCUGCCAGUGUGUUGAAUUGAAUAUAGUAUUGUGUGUAAUUUUAUUUUCUAAGCUAUGCUAUGCAACUUGUUACGUGAUAAUUGUGAUCUUUAAGGGUUCUGAAUGUUAUCUUUGGAGAAGUGUGAGUAGCUCUCUAGUUGUUCAACGUGAUCAGAGGAUUGAAUACGUUGGGUAUAUAUGUAUUUGAAUGAAACUUUCUUGGUGCC